CUUCAGCUGCCAUCGGUGAACCAGACGAUAAAAUAAACCGUUGACUGAGGGUUUCCAACCUAAUCGAACGGUGGGAAACGAUAAAAGCACGCGAGUAUAGAUACACCUUCCCGCAUCUGAUUAUAAAUCCUAAUAAAAAAAAAAGUCUGAGGAUGUUGCCUUGAAAGAGUCUCUCAUUGACUUGACUCUUUCCUAUAAAUACCUCUCCCCCACUCUCUUCUCCACUGUCAAUUCAAAUCAUCAACUCCUCCUCCUUCCUCAUUCCAUUUCUCUCUUUUAUAUUAUUUUGAUCAUCAUCAUGCCUUCACCUACCGAAGCUUCGGCUCUUCUCCUCAUCAAGAAGUAUCUCCUCGACGAAUUCUCUCCGCUUCCUAUUCAUGCCCCCACCGAUCGAUGGAUGAACCAACCGGAUUUUUCAAUCUUCGGUUCACCUGGUUUCCCGUCAUUUGAUCAUACCGGUUUUGAGUUUUCCAAUUUUGAAACACCCAAACCGGAAAUAAUCGAUCUCGUCACGCCUAAACCGGAGAUUUCUGAUUUCGAGGUGAAAUCUGAAUUCUCACUAGAGUCGAACGAUUCCUUUACGUUCCAAUCGAAUCCGAUUGUUCAAUCCAAUCGUAAACCGAAAACGUUAAAGAUCGCGCCACCUAACCGAACCGAGUGGAUUCAGUUCGCAACCGGGAACUAUAAACCGGAAAUUAUUGAAUUCGCAACCGGGAAUCGUAAACCGGAAAUUCCCGUACCACCGGUAGUAGUAGCAGAGGAGAAGUGGCACUACAGAGGAGUGAGGAUGAGGCCGUGGGGGAAAUUCGCGGCGGAGAUCCGAGAUCCUAACCGUCGUGGAACUAGGGUUUGGCUCGGGACGUUUGAGACGGCGAUCGAAGCGGCGAGAGCUUACGACAAAGCAGCGUUUAGACUCCGGGGAUCAAAGGCGAUCGUCAAUUUCCCGCUCGAAGUUGACAAAUGGAAUCCACGGGGUGAAGAUGGUCAUGGCCAGAACAACAAAAGGAAGAGAGACGGUGGCGAGGAGGAAGUGACGGUGGCUGAGAAGGUGCUCAAGACGGAGGAGAGUCACGACGUUACCUUUGGGGGUGUGAACGUUGAGUCGGCGAAGUCAGAUUUGACGGCGAUAGAUGACUGGGAUUUGACGGAGUUUCUGAGCAUGCCGCUUUUAUCGCCGUUAUCUCCACACCCACCGUUUGGUUUUCCACAAUUGACUGUUGUUUGAAUUCUUUUUUUUUUUUCUUUCUUUUUCAGUUGGGUCAGCUUUGAUGUAUGCUGACGUGGAAAUAUAUUCGUUUAUUCAUUUCUUUUUAAUUAA